UCCUCUUAACAUAAAAAAAGAGACAGAGACAAGUUUUCUUUUCAUUUUCAUCUCUCUCUACAAAAAUGCAAAUUCCUUCCAUCACCAAUUCUUAUAAAUAAAUAUCAGAGACUAAGAUCUAAGUGCCUCUUUUCCUAAUUAUCUCAAAAAUAUUCUAAAAAAUGGCAUUGGGUGGAGGUGGUCCUCAGAGAGGUUCUAAUGCCGCAGCCGCUGCCAAUCUACGACGUAGGAGGACAACUAGUGGUGGAGCCGCUGCUGGAGGAGCCGGUGGUACUAUGCUCCAAUUCUAUACUGAUGAUUCACCAGGACUCAAGAUUUCUCCUAAUGUUGUGCUUGUUAUGAGUAUUGGUUUCAUUGCUUUUGUUGCUGUCCUUCAUGUCAUGGGUAAGCUCUACUUUGUCCGCAGAGAAGGAUAGGAGUAUUGGUUUCAAUGCUUGUUAUGAGUAUUGGUUUCAUUGCUUUUGUUGCUGUCCUUCAUGUCAUGGGUAAGCUCUACUUUGUCCGCAGAGAAGGAUAGGAGAAUUUUGAUAUUUGGGUUCCAACUGAUUGAGAAUUCCUUUAAGACAGACAGAGUUAUUAGAUUUACCUUUCUUUAUUUUCCUUGUACUGUAAUGGAUUUAUACAGAAUUUCCCAUUUCGAGUAACUGGUUUUUGUAAGUUGUUCCAACAUCUAGAAAGGAAUUGCCGGACCAAA